AUGUUUUCUAGAGUUCCAGCUUUAAGCUCCAAUAUUGCCCGUAAUGGUAUGAUGGUUGCUCGUGUUAAUGGUAUCAAUGCGGCCAGAAACUAUGCUACUUUAAAAGAAGUCGAAAUGCGUUUGAAAUCUAUUAAAAAUAUCGAAAAGAUUACCAAGACUAUGAAAAUCGUUGCAUCUACCAGAUUAGGUAAAGCAGAGAAAGCAAAGAACACCUCUAAGAACUUAUCUGAAACCGACGAACAAUUCUUCAAGAAUGCCGAAACUAAGACAAUCGGCGUCGAAGGUAAGGAACCAAAAGAAUUAGUGAUCGCAAUUACUUCCGAUAAAGGUUUAUGUGGUUCCAUCCAUUCACAAUUAGCUAAAGCUGUCAGGGCUCAUUUGAAAGAGUCUCCAGCAGCUGACGUUGUUACCAUCGGUGACAAAAUUAAACUACAAAUGCUAAGAAGUAACGCCAACAAUUUGAAAGCCUCAUUUAACGGUGUCGGUAAGGAAGCCCCAACUUUCUACGAAUCUUCUUUGAUCACUGAAAAACUAAUUAAUGAAUUCAAAUUAAACGACUACCAAAAGAUUUCAAUAUACUAUAACAACCCUGUUACUUCCUUAUCCUUUGAACCAAGUUCAAUGCCUGUUUUCAAUAUUGAAGCAAUUGAAAAAUCUCCAUCUUUUGAAAAAUUUGAAAUCGAUGCUGAUGGUAAAGUCUCCACAGAUUUAUUUGAAUACAAUCUAUCUUGUAAGCUACUAAGUGCCAUGGCUCAAGGUCAUGCCGCUGAAAUUUCUGCUAGAAGAAACGCUAUGGACAAUGCAUCCAAGAACGCUGGUGACAUGAUUUCAAGAUACUCCAUCUUAUAUAACAGAACAAGACAAGCUGUCAUCACUAAUGAAUUGGUCGAUAUUAUUACUGGUGCUUCUUCAUUGGAUUAA